AUGGACCAGCUAGCGCGGCGCAGCCAGCGGACCGUGCAGCAGUGCGGCGCGGGCAUCCGCGUGGAGGCGGCCCGUACGGAGGCGGGCCAGACGCCAUACAAGCCAUUGCAGGCGUACAUGGACGAGGCCAGCAUCGAGAAGCACGUGCAGCCAUGGCAGCAGGUGUUGGCAUUCAUCGCGCGCACGCAGGCCGCGCAGGCGAGCCCAAGCCGAGAUAGCCAAGAUAGUGAGGACGGGGAUGGGGAUGGUGGUGGCCAUGGCCGCGGCAAGUGGCUUGGGAGGUUACCCGCGUAUGGGAUAACCCCGCGGCAGCGCCAGAAGUGGCAGGCGUUAUAG